AUGGGUAGCUUUUCCCAGACGGUCCGUUACAAACUGCUCACCACUGUAUGUGCCGGCAUUCCCACCAUUGACUGCAAAGCCGCUACCCUACGGCCGGCACAUGUCAUGAGAGCAGCAGCAGAGAACGGCUACGAGGACGUUAUUCGUAUAUUUGUCGCAAAUGGUGGCGACGUGAAUGAAGGGUGCGGCGAAGACGAAGGUAACGUUCUUCAAGCCGCUGCGAUAAAGGGCAAUGAGACCCUAAUACGAUGUCUUGUUGAGCUCGGAGCCGAUUCCAACGGAAUUGGAGGCGAACUGGCAGGCGUUCUCCACAUUGCAGCCGUCAAUGGUGACGAAAGUACCACCGGCUUACUGCUAGAAAAUAGAGCAGACCCCAAUACUAAAGGUGGUAUAUACGGUUUCGCACUCCAAGCAGCUGUCGCAGAGGGCCAUGAGAACAUCAUACGGAUGUUGCUCGAUAACGGUGCAGACGUCAAUCUCGGAGGUGGGCCUUAUGGGAACGCUUUCCAAGCCGCAGUGGAGAACGGUGAUCAAGAUAUUGUUGAGCUCUUGCUGGCUCAUGUGGCAAAUACAAAUACGAUGAUUGGGGGUGAAAAUAUACGGCGUUGCAAGAGGUGGCAGGACGAGGCUUAG